CCGGACGUGAACGUGUUCCAGCGUAAGUUCGUUAAUGAAGUCAGGAGAUGUGAAGAAAUGGACCGAAAGCUAAGGUUUGUUGAAAAGGAGAUUAAAAAGGCAAAUAUUCCUAUCAUGGACACUGGUGAAAACCCGGAGGUGCCUUUUCCGCGUGACAUGAUCGACUUGGAGGCAAACUUUGAGAAAAUUGAAAAUGAGCUUAAAGAAAUCAACACAAACCAGGAAGCUCUGAAGAGAAACUUCUUGGAGCUGACAGAAUUAAAAUUUAUACUGCGUAAAACUCAGCAAUUUUUUGAUGAGGCUGAAUUGCAUCAUCAGCAGAUGGCGGAUCCAGACCUGUUGGAGGAAUCCUCUUCGCUCCUGGAACCAAGUGAGAUGGGAAGAGGUGCCCCGCUCCGACUUGGGUUUGUGGCUGGUGUGAUCAACCGUGAGCGAAUCCCCAUGUUUGAGCGCAUGCUGUGGCGAGUGUGCCGAGGGAACGUAUUCCUGCGUCAAGCAGAAAUUGAAAACCCUCUGGAGGAUCCUGUAACGGGGGAUUAUGUGCACAAGUCUGUGUUUAUCAUCUUUUUCCAAGGUGACCAGCUGAAGAACAGAGUCAAGAAGAUAUGUGAAGGAUUCCGUGCCUCCCUCUACCCAUGCCCAGAAACACCGCAGGAGCGGAAGGAAAUGGCUUCUGGUGUCAAUACCAGAAUUGAUGAUCUUCAGAUGGUGCUGAACCAAACAGAGGAUCAUCGCCAAAGGGUUUUGCAGGCAGCCGCUAAAAAUAUCCGUGUCUGGUUCAUCAAAGUACGCAAGAUGAAGGCCAUCUACCAUACCCUGAAUCUGUGCAAUAUUGAUGUGACACAGAAGUGCUUGAUUGCUGAAGUCUGGUGUCCUGUUGCUGACCUUGAUUCUAUCCAGUUUGCUCUCAGGAGAGGGACUGAGCACAGCGGAUCCACUGUCCCAUCUAUUUUAAACAGGAUGCAAACCAACCAGACCCCACCAACAUACAACAAAACUAACAAGUUUACUUCUGGCUUUCAAAACAUUGUUGAUGCUUACGGCAUUGGAACAUAUCGGGAGAUAAAUCCAGCACCAUAUACGAUCAUUACCUUCCCAUUUCUGUUUGCUGUGAUGUUUGGAGAUUUUGGCCACGGAAUCCUGAUGACUCUGAUUGCUGUCUGGAUGGUGCUUAGGGAAAGUCGUAUUCUGUCACAGAAGAGUGACAAUGAGAUGUUCAACAUGGUUUUUAGUGGUCGCUACAUCAUUCUGCUGAUGGGACUGUUCUCCACUUACACAGGCCUCAUCUACAAUGACUGCUUCUCCAAGUCUCUUAAUAUGUUCGGUUCAUCAUGGAGUGUCCGGCCCAUGUUUUCAAAAGGCAAUUGGUCAGAUGCCUUGCUUGAGACAACUCCUCUGCUUCAGCUGAACCCUGCUAUUCCAGGGGUGUUCGGUGGACCCUACCCCUUUGGCAUUGACCCCAUUUGGAAUAUUGCCAGCAAUAAGCUGGCCUUCCUCAAUUCGUUUAAGAUGAAAAUGUCUGUGAUUCUUGGCAUUAUCCACAUGCUCUUCGGUGUCACGUUGAGUCUUCUCAACCACAUCUAUUUUAAGAAGCCACUGAACAUAUACCUUGGAUUUAUUCCAGAAAUGAUUUUCAUGUCAUCACUGUUUGGAUACCUUGUUAUUCUCAUUUUCUACAAAUGGACAGCCUACGAUGCUCACACGUCAAAGGAUGCACCAAGCCUUUUAAUACACUUUAUCAACAUGUUUCUCUUCUCCUAUGGUGAUACAAGUAAUAAGAUGCUUUAUAAAGGGCAGCAAGGGCUCCAGUGUUUCCUCGUGGUGGUGGCAUUACUGUGUGUGCCGUGGAUGCUGGUAGCUAAACCCCUGGUCCUUCGCCAUCAGUAUUUGAGGAGAAAGCACUUGGGAACGCACAACUUUGGUGGGAUCCGGGUGGGCAAUGGACCAACUGAGGAGGAUGCUGAGAUCAUUCAACAUGACCAGUUGUCCACCCACUCCGAGGAGGGGGAAGAGUUUGACUUCGGCGAUACUGUGGUGUACCAGGCUAUCCACACCAUUGAAUAUUGCCUGGGGUGCAUUUCAAACACUGCAUCCUACCUGAGGCUCUGGGCUCUCAGCUUAGCCCAUGCACAGCUCUCGGAGGUGCUCUGGACCAUGGUGAUCCACGUUGGCCUCAGCGUGAGGAGUCUGGGUGGAGGCUUUGGCCUCUUCUUCAUAUUUGCUGCUUUCGCUACUCUGACAGUAGCGAUUCUCCUGGUCAUGGAAGGGCUGUCUGCUUUUCUCCAUGCGCUCCGCUUGCACUGGAUUGAAUUCCAGAACAAGUUCUACACUGGCACAGGAUUCAAGUUUCUCCCUUUCUCCUUUGAUACCAUCCGUGAGGGCAGGUUUGACGACUAA